CAGCCCCAGCGGCAACGAGAUUGGGCCGUUCCGCGCCAUCGAAGAGUCGGUGCUUGCUCAUUUGACACGUGAGGAUCAACGUAGCGACAUCUUCGCCUGGUACACGCUUUUCGGAACUGCUGGCACUGCACUGGGCACUUUGACCUGUGGCUGGAUGGUGCAGGCGUUGCAGAGUCUUGACGGCUGGGAGGGCAUUGCUGCUUACAAGGCCGUCUUCCUUGUCUACGCGGUUUUGGGACUCGUCAAAUGUAUCAUCAACAUGAUGCUGUCUUCCGCCGCCAAGGCUAACCCGCAGCCUUCCGCCCAGGAAGCAGACCCAGAGUCGGACCCUGGCCUCCUACCAGAUGAAGAGACGAGGCUUCUGCCAGACGCAGAUACCGGAAGCGAUGCCCAAGGAGUACCCACGCCUACGAGCUCGCCGCCGCCGUCCCCGAAACUAUGGCAGCCUGCCAGGUCUCUCGUGCCGUACAUAUCACCAGCAUCACACCCUAACCCCUAUCCCCCAGGCCGGUCAGAUAUGACAGCGCGCCAGAGGCGUGUCCGCAUGGGCCACAUGCCCUGUUGGCCAGGCCAGUCGUUGCACUCAUCGAACUGGGAGCUACCAUCUACAUUCGCGAAGGCGAUGCUGCAACGGUAGCUUGUUGCACUACGAGAAGCGCCAUUCCUCCCUCGUACCAGGUCCGCGUCAGAUCGCCCUCCUCACAUCUCACUGAGCUGCU